AUGGAGGGGAGCAGUGAACUCUCGCAGGAGGAGAGGCGGCGCAGGCAGCGUCGUCGCCGUCUCGCUGCAAAGUCACCAGAGACCCGGCGGCGGCGUCUGCAGUACUCCCGGCGACACAACGAAAAGGACGGGCGACUGCUGUAUUGUGACUACUGUGAUCUGUUUGUGAGCAGCGCGCAGCGAACUUGGAUGCAGCACCUGCGGGGAGUGCGGCAUAUGGAGGCGAUGGAGGCGUAUUAUGCGAUGGUCGAGGCACGUGAUCCGGCGUGGGUAAAGGCUUUCCGCGAGGAUGUUGUGCGGGCCCACGUGGAGGAACGCAUACGGCAGCAGCAGCUUGCUUUGGGGAAGGGGGCGUCUGUACCAAUGCCCGCCAUGACGCUUGGUUACGUGGGCCAUCAGGGCAUUGUUGUUGGCGGGACACAACAGCCAGGCGGUACGCACACCCGCGUGGGCGGCGGCAAUAACAACAGCACCAGUCCUCAAUGUGGAUCCCCAUCUGUGCGUGUGGGUGGGCUUCUCGUUGCAGCCGCAACACCGCCCGUGGUGAAAAUUGACGGCAAGGCUUUGCCGAUGCCGCGCAGCAAUCAGACGACACAUCAACCUUAA